AUGACUGAAAAGGUACUUGGAUUUUUGUUGGUUUGGGAAAGGAACCAACUAUUGCUGCAUUGGUGUCAUAAGAUAAUGAUUCUCCUUGUCACUGCAAUAUCCAUCUGUAUGUUGUGGGUUUUAUGUGAAUUCUGGAAUGAUAAGUGGCUGACAGUUGGGCUGUCACUGAAGGUCUUUGCUCCCUACUGGCACCUGGUCUGCAUAAUGUUGAUGGUUAUCUUUUCUUGGCCUGUGUCCUACUACUUGAUCCAGUUGGAAGGAGAAGCUAGAUACAGAAGAUACUUGUUGACAUAUUAUGAGAAAGAAAGAACCAAGAGAUGUCAUGCACUCACAAGGUUGAAAGCUCUACAAAUAGUUGUCGGACUGCCCUUUAUUAUUGUCCUUUUGUUUCUGUACGUGAUGCCAAUGGGGAUUCAUUCUCCCUGUAUUCAGGAAAAGGAGGCAUUAGGGCCCAAGCCUAGCUUCAUUGCACAUAGAGGUGCCCCCAUGCUAGCACCUGAAAAUACCAUGAUGUCUUUUGAGAAAGCUGUUGAACUUGGGGCCCAUGGGCUGGAGACUGAUAUACACAUAAGUACCGAUAAUGUGCCUUUCCUCAUUCAUGACCAUGACUUGAGACGAACAACUAAUAUCUGGGAGGUGAAGCCCAGUGCCUACUAUAACAGAAGUGACUCUUUCUCAUGGGAUUUCCUGUCAACUCUGAAUGUAGGGAAAUGGUUUUUAAAGCCAGAACUAAACAAACCAUUUUACAAGAUGGACCCCAUAUCAGAAGCUGAUAAAGAAAAAGCAAGAAAUCAAAAAAUUCCAAAACUACAUAAUUUAUUGGAUCUUGCACGGAAAGAAAAAAAAUUUGUGAUAUUUGAUCUUUUCACCCCUCCACGAUCACAUCCUGCCAGAAAAACAUUUCUCCACAAUAUAAUACGUGUAAUCCUUGACUCUAAAAUUGAGCCACAUCUGAUUCUAUGGUUAUCAGGUUCUGAAAGGAAUUUUGUCCGAUUUAUGGCUCCUGGUUUUCAGCACGUAGGCCGAUUACACACACUUGAGCAACUUGCAAAAGAAAAUAUAACAUUUAUAAAUGUUGACUACAAGGAGCUGUUCUACAAUGGGUUGAGAGACUAUAAAGCAGCUAACAUCACCAUCAACUUAUACCUCGUCAAUAAGCCUUGGCUCUUCUCAUUGGCCUGGUGUUCCAGAAUUCAUUCAGUAACCACUGAUGAUAUUAAGCUCUUGAGUCAGAUUGAUCACCCUCAUUUCUUCAUGACACCAAGGUACUAUAUGUUCAUAUGGCUUCUCAUAGAUAGUAUUUCUGCAAUUUUCAUUUUUGCUAUCUUUUGUUUUCAUUGGCAGAGGGAAAUGGAAAAACAAAGCAUAGAUGCAAAAGCUAUGAAAUAUGUACUGAUCAGUCAGCUGGAGCAUAAGCGAGGUCAUAAAGCCAGGGGCUGUGGAGCGCUGGGGAUGGCAGAGAUCAAAGGUUCUCGAAGGAGAAACAUUCAAGAAGCUGUAGUCACAAAGUCUUCCAGCAGAAUCUCAGAAAGUCCAUGGAGUACAAAAGCUUUGUACCCAGGUCUAGCCAGCAGCGCAAAUAAAUACCCUGAUGCUUUCCGUUUGACAGUGCUUCCCAAGAAGGAAGCCAAAAAACAAUCAUUCAAGAAAAAUGGCAAACCACUGCCACCAGAGCACACCAAGAUGCCCUUUGAGCCCACCCUACUGGCCAGCCAGUCCACUCUCCAAACCGCCUUGCCUGUCUUUAAGAUGCAGAGACUCUCAAUGCCCUUCAAAGAGGACCUCCAUCCUGAAACACAAUCCAAAGAGAUGCCCAUGGUUGAAUCUUCCCAGGAAUCCUUUGUAACAACAGAUUCUAAGAUGUUCUGA